AUGUCAACCGCUAACCUCCGUCCCGUUGAAGGAUACGACAAACUCGCCGCGUUCAUAGAAGCCGACCCGGGCCUAGCGAUUUUCCGACGUUUCACAAAGCUCAAUUUUAAAAGUAUUCUCUAUUACCAAGCAGAGAUAGCGAACCUCGAAGAGGAGCUCGACUUUCUCAUUCAGGAUGACAAGGACUCACAGGACGAGAAGAAGCAGCUGUAUCCCUUCUCCGUACGGGACCUAAAAGAGGGAAAUCCUACGCAAUGGUCGAAAUUUCAAGAAGCGCGGGAUUUGAUGGAAAAGUUUAACCAUGCUAUCAUUCAACAACGGGAGCUCAUGCGCCUCAGCACGCCAGAUAAAUGUGACCUGAACGUGCUUCGAGAGUGGCUUGACCGGCCUGAAGGCGGAAAUAUGUUCUUCGAAACAGCCGCCGAGAUGGACGUCUACCACAAACGGAACGAUGGUGACAUGAUCGCCCUUUUUAGCAGACAUGAAGGUGUCGAUAAUCUCACUCGACUGAUCUUCAAUCGAGUCGUCCCCUGGUUUCAUAAGCGCUGGGGUGAGAAAUAUGAAGUAAGGGCUUUUCUUGGGUUAUGUCUUCCAUCAGAGAGCUAA